AUGAAGUCUGAUUUUUUCACAAUGGAUGGAGAUUACUCCAAGGGCAUUCGACGAUCUAUCGGAGUCCCAGAACUUGAUACAUACUUCAGAGCAGAAGCCACCAGUUGUGAAGACAAAGAAAAACUAGAGAUAUUGUUUGAAGAAGGAAUAGAUAGAAUGAAAUCUAAUACAUAUGACUUAGCUCGUCGCCAAUUUGAGAAGAUUAAUUGCUUGAGGGUUGAGAAGGGAUGGAAUAUUCACCUCUUAGAUGCCACUGAGGUAUUCCUUAAGCGUGGUUUCCAACGUGAGCAAGAAUGGCGGUGGCAAGUAGCUGAGCCGAGUAUGGAAAUUGUAAGCAGUUUUCUCUAUGGAGAUAAAUAUUAA